UGGCGCUACCGUCACAAUCAGGUGCAGGUGCAGACGUGGCCGGCGCGAGCUGGACGGAGGAGGAUCGACGCCGUAGUGAACUGUGUGUUUGUGCUCGGUACUCAUUGAUCUGCAUGUGAACUGCACAACCAGCCACUAUGAAGGCUCUCAUCCUGGUUGGAGGAUAUGGCACGAGGUUGAGACCCCUGACCUUGAGCCGGCCCAAGCCACUGGUGGAGUUCUGCAACAAGCCUAUGCUUCUGCACCAGGUGGAAGCCUUGACAGCGGUGGGAGUCAAAGAAAUAGUUCUUGCUGUCAGUUACAGGGCAGAACUUCUUGAAGAGGAACUAAAAGAACAAGCCAAAAGGUUGGGAGUGAAGAUCACAACAUCCCAUGAAGAUGAACCGCUAGGAACAGCCGGUCCCCUGGCUUUGGCUCGUGACAUCUUAAAGGAAGACGGGGAACCGUUCUUUGUCUUAAACAGCGACAUCAGCUGCGAGUUUCCGUUCCAGGAAAUGUUAGACUUCCAUAAAAAGCACGGCAAAGAAGGGACCAUUGUAGUCACAAAGGUGGAAGAACCCUCCAAGUAUGGAGUGGUGGUCUAUAACGAGUCGGGAGAAAUCCAGAGAUUUGUCGAGAAACCGCAGACGUUUGUAUCCAACAAAAUCAAUGCCGGAAUGUACAUCUUCAGUGCGGGUAUUCUGGACAGGAUAGAGUUGAAACCGACGUCCAUAGAGAGGGAGGUCUUCCCACAGAUGGCGCUAGAUGGCCAACUCUAUGCAAUGAACCUACAAGGUUUUUGGAUGGAUGUGGGCCAGCCCAAGGACUUCUUAACCGGUAUGGGGAUGUAUCUGAACUCUCUCAAGCAGAAGAACUCCAAUACGUUGCAUACUGGCCCCGGAAUAGUUGGAAAUGUCCUAGUGGAUCCCACUGCGAAGAUAGGCGCUAACUGCAGAAUAGGCCCCAACGUGGUCAUUGGGCCCAACGUGACGAUAGAGGACGGGGUGUGCAUCAAACGCAGCACUGUUCUACGGGGCACCACCAUCAAGUCACAUGCCUGGAUGGACUCAUGCCUGAUUGGCUGGGCGUGUAUUGUGGGACAGUGGGUGAGAAUGGAGAAUGUCUGCGUAUUAGGUGAAGAUGUCAUCGUCAAGGAUGAGCUCUACAUCAACGGCGGCCGCAUCCUGCCUCACAAAUCCAUCGCUACGUCAGUCACCGAACCUCAGAUUAUCAUGUAACAUUUCGGGGAACACUGCUCCUCAGAUGAUUUUCAAUUAUUUUUUUAUCAGAUCACAGUGCUGCUUGGUCCUUUUUUAAAACAAAAUAGGAUCUAUAUAUAAAUUAUUGUAAUUAGUUCGGUUUUGGGGGGUAUGACUGUUGUUGAAGGUAGAUAUGUGCACUUAAAUGCAAAGGCCUUGACUGACAUCAGGCAGUUGGGAUUUGAUGUAACUGUGUUGGGACAUUGACUACUUUGUCUCUUGACUCGUAAAGACCUGAUUUAACCCUCAAAGAGCCUCUUUUUCGUUUAGGACCAUCACACAGCCUUGGGGGAGGGGGUGAGGGCAGGGUGCUGGAAAGAGAGGGGAGUAAAAUUUACCCCCAAAGAUCUCAGUCGUGUUGUGCCCCAUGUUUUCUGAAAUCUGGCAACCGUGUUAGGGCAUUCAUUGUAAGUGCAUAUGAUAUUUCAGUUCAACAGUGUUCUGUUUUUACUGUCAUUUAUAGUUAACUGCCCACAUACGUGUUGGCCCAUGUGUUAUGACCACAUCAGGGGCAACGUUCACGUGAUUUCGACUAGUCUGUCUCUGAAGAAUCGGCCUUUUCUGAGAACUUGGUGUCCAAUUUAUGCAAUAUAUGGGGUCGAAACGACUGCAAACUAUCACAGAAAAACUUCCAAAUGCUUGGCAUUUUGACGAUAUUCAAGAAAAUUCCAAGGGGAACCAAUCCCAGGCUUUUUUAGUGUUAAAUGCUCCUAGGCAGAAAUUAAUUGAUUUGCAAUUAGUGAAAUGCACUUGAAGGUCACAUUAAACGAGCAGAUUCAACUUUAUUAAUUCCACAACUGACUUUUUUUUUUAUUUCAAAAGACUUUGGCUUCGUUUAAGCUCUGCCAUAUAAAUCCACCCCAUUUGCAGAAAAUGUGAUUAAAAUUUACAGCUCUUGCAAAGUCAUCAUUCCGUAUUUUACAUGGAAAAAAUAAUGAGCAUUUAUUAGACACUUUGUAAGAUAAAAUUUUCAAUAAAGAAUUUAUUGAAUAGUGCUGUCUGACAAUGUGUCAAAUUUGCCAAAAGGGUUUAUUAAACACAGUUCUAUUUAA